CCAUGAAAGUCUUUGUAGUGUUUGCAUUAGCUUUGGCUUGCGUUUCGACUGCUUCUAUACCCGAGAUACCUGCUCUUCUGGAAGACGUACCAGAUGUUAAUGCUAUAGAAGGUCGUAUCAGUAAUGGAAAUGUCGCUCGUAUCGGUCAAUUUCCUUACCAGGCUGGUUUAUCACUAAAACGACAAACAAAAUCAUUUUGGUGCGGUGGUUCUUUAAUUGGCAAUUCAUGGGUGUUGACUGCUGCCCAUUGUACUGAUGGAGUCGACUCUAUAACAGUAUAUUUGGGAAGCACUGUUCGCACUAUUGCCAAAGUGACUCACACUGUUAGCUCUAGCGCCAUUAUUCAACAUAAAGGCUAUAACCCCAACAAUUCUGCUAAUGAUAUCUCUUUAAUCAGAAUUCCUGAAGUUACCUAUACAUCUGAAAUUCAAGCUAUUAGCUUACCAGCUAUUUCUAACUCAUAUUCAACCUAUGCUGGUAGUUAUGCCACCGCAUCCGGUUGGGGACGUACACAUGAUGAUGGAGAAAAUGUAUUGUCCUUGAAUUAUGUUAAUCUUCCAGUUAUUACUAAUGAUGUGUGUGCUCAAUAUUAUCCCAGCUCGAUUGUUACUAGCAAUACACUUUGUGUGGCGACAACUGGCGGCGCUUCAACUUGCAAAGGUGAUUCUGGCGGUCCUUUGGUUUUGAACUCUACACUAAUUGGUGUAGCAUCUUUCGUUGCCUUUUCUGGAUGUCAAUCUGGGGAUCCAGCUGGAUUUGUCCGUGUAACUAAUUACUUGGAAUGGAUUAAGUUAUACACCGACAUAUCCUACUAAUUACUCUAAUUAGAUUUUAAAACUUAACAUUUUAUAAA